UGCUUGCUUGCCUCCAACCCUCUGUUCUGCUCAGACUUGAAGCCACCCCGAGACAACCAUGACCUCCAUCGGCACGGGAUAUGAUUUGUCGGCGAGCACGUACUCCCCGGAUGGGCGUAUAUUCCAGGUGGAGUACGCGAACAAGGCGGUAGAGAACUCGGGAACUGCCGUCGGCAUCCGCGUCAAGGACGGCAUUGUAUUGGCGGUCGAGAAGCUCGUCCACUCCAAACUCCUCAUCCCGGAGAACAACAAGCGGAUAUACACUGUCGACAAGCACAUCGGGAUCGCGUCCGCAGGUUACCUUGCGGAUGGCCGGCAUUUGGCCAACCGCGCACGGGAUGAGGCUUCGAGCUACCGCGAGAACUACCGUGCCGCGCCCACGCUCCAGUACGUUGUGGACAGGGUAGGAUUGUAUGUGCAAGCAUACACUCUGUACUCUUCCGUCCGGCCAUUUGGCUGCAGCACAAUCCUCGGCGCGGUGGACAAGACUGGUCCUACACUGUUCGUGGUAGAGCCUAGUGGCGUAUCAUACGGCUACCGUGGCGCGGCAGUUGGUAAGGGCCGUCAGCUCGCAAAGACAGAGCUUGAGAAGCUCAAGUUUGACGAGCUCUCCAUGCGGGAAGCAGUCAUGGAGGCCGCGCGGAUCAUUUACCUCGUUCACGACGAUGCGAAGGAGAAGGACUUCGAGCUUGAAAUGUCGUGGGUCGGCGAGGAGACCCUCGGCAUCCACCAAGCGGUACCGAAAGACCUGUACGAGGAGGCUGCACGAAAGGCGAAGGAGGCUCUGGAGAAUUUCGAGUGAUCGUGUCAUACCUUGCAUUGUAAUGUACCAUGGACUCAUCGGUGACCAUUUGACGUCGACUGUAGUGCGUG